CCUCUAGCUUGUCAGUGGGUGUGCCCACGCCCUUUCGGGCGGUCCGGGGUGACCGAAGGCCCUGAUCUGGCGUGGCGAGGGCGGCGGGCCCCGCCAUGCCCCGGUAUUAUGAAGACAAGCCGGAGGGCGGUGCGUGCUCGGGCGUGAAGGAGGACCUGGGUGUAUGUCUGCUGCAGUCGGCCUGUGUGCUUCAGGAAGGAAAAUCCCCACGGCAGUGUUUGAAGGAAGGCUACUGCAGAGCUUUGCAGUAUUCAUUUUUUGAGUGUAAAAGAUCAAUGUUGGAUGCCAGAUCAAGAUUCAGAGGAAGAAAAGGAUAUUGAUAACAUUAUGUUGAAGGCAAGAUGAAAACCACCCAGGAUUUUCUCUGGUCCUUAAUACAAAAGAGCCAAAAUGAGAAGAAGCACAGUAGCUGUCGAAUCUGUUCGACCUCCGAGCCAGGUGUUCCUCCUAAGGACACCAGAGAAAAUGGAUCAAUGCUAUUUCUGAAUGAUUCUGCUGGGUGAAGUCAUUUAUAGAAGAUCCAUGGGACUGAACAACUAUGGGCUAAGAACUUACUGUGUCUUGGGACUUGUCUAACGGAGAGAUUCUGUUCAAGGAUGACUCUUCAGUCAGA